AUGUAAUAUGAUCAAGAUAUUGGGCCUUGGUAUAAUGAUGAAAUUAGACCAAGAUCACGUUGUAAUAAUUAACAUACAACCUCAUUAAAUAAAAAUAUAAGUGAUAUUAAAGAUGUUCAUCAUCUUACUCAUUAAAUCAACUCUGAAAGGAGAAAUGAAUUACCAAGACUUAAAUUAAAUAAUAUUACACCUAGAGUAUUAACAAAAAGAUUAUAAAACAAUGAAUCAGUGAGAAAAAGAGAAGACUGGUCAGAAUAACAUGCUUUUCCUUAAUUUAUAUAGAGGAAAGCUUUAUUAUAGUUAAAAAGACCAAAACAUAGACAUACAGAGAUUUAGGUGGUUUAAGAAAUUGAGAAAAUAAUUAGGAGGAAUCUAUUUUACAUUCCAACUCAUAAAUAUUCAAUUUUAGAUUGA